AUGCUCAAGGUCUCCGGCCUGACUUUGCAGGUUGUGAUAACGCAGACGCAGACGCAGACGCGCGAGUCCGCCGGCUGGCGGGCCGGCAGGGCCGGCGCGGCGAGGAGCACGAGGAACAGGGCCGGCGCCCACAUCUCGAGCGCAGCUCUGCGAGGUGCGGAGGCGGGGAGCUCCCCUGGGCUGCUGUCGGCCGUCGGCGAAGUCGUCUUCAAUACAGGCAUGGUGGGGUACCCCGAGUCGCUCACGGAUCCGUCGUACGCUGGGCAGAUCUUGGUGCUGACGUUCCCGCUGGUGGGCAACUACGGCGUCCCCGACGAGGAGUGUGAUGCGCUCGGCCUCCUGCGGCACUUCGAGAGCAACAAGAUACACAUCAAGGCCCUGGUGGUCUCGGACUACUCCUUCGUGGCGUCCCACUACACCUCGAGGAAGACGCUCGCGCUGUGGCUCGAGGAGCACAAGAUUCCGGGGAUCUACGGGGUGGACACGCGUGCGCUGACCAAGCUCAUCCGCAUGCACGGCGCGCUGCUGGGCAAGGUCGUCGUGGAGGGCGACGCGGCGGCGGCCUCCAUCGAGUUCGAGGACCCCAACGCGACGAACCUGGCGGCGUCCGUCUCGCGCUCCCAGACGCAGGUCUUCGUGCCCCCGCCGCUGCCGCCCGCGGCCGGGAGCGAGGCGCCGCCCCCGCAGGAGGCCGAGAAGCAGAUCACCAUCCUCGGCGUGGACUGCGGCAUGAAGAACAACAUCAUCCGCUAUUUCGUGGAGAGCUUGCGGGUCAAGCUGGUCGUGGUGCCGUGGGACUACGACUUCACGAAGGACGAGUUCGACGGCCUCUUCCUGAGCAACGGGCCCGGCGACCCCCUGAAGUGCGAGAAGACCAUCGGGCACGUGCGCGAGGUGAUGCUGCGGCGCCCGACCCUGCCCAUCUUCGGCAUCUGCCUGGGCAACCAGAUCCUCGGGCUCGCGUCGGGGGCCAAGACCUACAAGAUGAAGUUCGGCAACCGCGGCAUGAACCAGCCGUGCGUGGACAUGCGCACCACCCGCUGCUACAUCACCCCGCAGAACCACGGCUUCGCCAUCGACAACGCCUCGCUGUCGGACGGCUGGAUGCCGCUCAUGAUCAACGCCAACGACGGCAGCAACGAGGGCAUCAUCCACAGCGGCCGGCCGUGGUUCUCCGUGCAGUUCCACCCCGAGGCGUGCGGCGGACCGACCGACACGGCCUUCCUCUUCCACCAGUUCCUCAACAACAUCACCAGCCCCGUCCAGAUGGUGACGACGAUCCCCUACUCGCCGCCGGCAGUCUACCGCAAGGUGCUGGUCCUUGGCUCUGGCGGGCUCACCAUCGGCCAGGCGGGCGAGUUCGACUACUCCGGCAGCCAGGCCAUCAAGGCCCUGCGCGAGUCGGGCGUGCACUCCAUCGUGAUCAACCCCAACAUUGCGACCGUGCAGACGUCUUGGGGGUACGCCGACAAGGUCUACUUCCUGCCCGUCACCGUGGAGUUCGUGACGCAGGUGAUCAAGCGCGAGCGGCCCGACGGCAUCCUGUGCUCCUUCGGGGGGCAGACGGCGCUCAACUGCGGCAUCCGGCUGGAAGAGGAGGGCGUGCUGUCCACGUACGGGGUGAAGGUACUGGGCACGCCGAUCAAGACGGUCAUCACGACCGAAGACCGCGAGCUCUUUGCCAAAGCGGUGGAGCAUCCGGGGUGGCCGAGAGUGCCUGCUGCACGACCGCGGAGGAGGCCGCAGCGGCCGCCGCGAAGAUCGGCUACCCCGUGCUGGUCCGGGCCGCGUUCGCUCUGGGCGGCCUCGGCAGCGGCUUCGCGGCGGACGAGGCCGAGCUGA